GAACGAGCAAUAGAGACGAUCCAGAUGCUGGUGGCGUGCAACACACAAUCCCGUUACCUGUUUGAUACCUGCUACCGGCCUCUGGGCACAGAUACACUGGUGACACUGGAUAGAGGCAGCGUUAGCUCGCGACCGUGGGCUCAGCCAUGAGUAUAUAAGCUAAAAAAUUGCGAAGCGGGCAGUGCCAAGCGGGCAGGGAGGGAUGGGCGAGGUGUCUUCGGCGGUGGGCACGGGUUGGUCAGGAGGUUGGGCUGGAGAGAGAGGGAGAGCGAGAGAGAGGCAGAGCGAGAGACUGAGAGAGAGAGAGAAAGAGAGGGAGAGGGAGAAGGAUAUCUGGAAGAAUCCAGCGUGCGGCGGAAUCUCUCAUGGUGGAGGAGAUGCAGUACAAAGUAUCUGGCAGCUCGGUGCCUGCCUACCUAAGGUACAUCCACCAGCCAGCGGUACUAAUCAGCGAGUACUAAUCAUCAGACCGUACUCAUCAGGCCGUGCUCAUCAGACCGGCGGCGGCGGUUGUUAUUGUUGCUGUUGUUGCGGCAGCUACCUGAGGCAGAUCCAACCGAUGUCGACGGCUGACCUAAGGAAAGGCAGAUGCGAGAAGCGAGAAGAGGUACUGCUACACCAAAGGUUGCUCGCUGCCUCCCGUCCGGUCUGGCUGGGUUGCGUCGCUGCCGCUUCCUCAUGUUUGUCUGGAGUCCAUGGCGGGGUCUUGUGUCUCGCAUGCGGCGGGCAGUCGCGCCGGUGCCAGAGGGUGGCCUGUGUGUAUGGCAGAUGUGGGUUGUGCGGCUUGGUGGGUUUCGCCCAUGUUCCUUUCCGCCUUCUCCCGCCGCGCGAGGUACUUCCGCUGGUACUUGCAGGCGGUUUCUUUCCGUCCUUUCUUUCCUUCCUUUCUUCCUAUCUUUUCCUCCCUUCCACCUUCCCUAUUACGUACCUAACCUUAGGUAUUAGCCUCAGAUACCUUACCUCAAAGUACCUUACCUAUUUUCAUCAUCAUCAUCUUCUUCUUCUCCUCCCUUCCCCGCUCUCUCUCCUCCUCCCUUGAACUCUUGUUGUCGCUCCAUGCUAGACGUGACGCGGCCCAGCUGGCCCUUUCGGACUGCGUUGGCGCUCUAAUGCCUCCCAGUUCGCUAGGUCAGGCCAGGCAGGAUACCCCCGGCUUCGUGAACUUUCUUGCGUGUGUACAUUUUGAGGUAUGCAGACACCUGCCCAUGCAGA